GGCGACAUCGCUGGAGACGUGUCCCCCGCCGACGCUGGACGCUAGAAGGUGGACGGAGGCGGUGGGGUCGGACUUCAUGGUGCGCGGCGCGUCGUACCUGACCAAUAGGGUCAAGGUGGCUUCGGCCAAGCAGAUGUUCCGGUUGCGAGCAGUGGACCUCUUUGUGCUCCCGGAGCCCGCGACGCACCUGGCGGCGCACCAUGGCAACCGCGUUCAGAUCGCCAGAAAGGCCGGAGAGACGUCUUUCGUGUGGGUGCUGCAGAUCAUGGUGCCAGGUCCUCCUCACUACGCGUUCGUGUGCUACUUCACUCCAGCGGCUGACAACUGGAUGGACCAGAGCACUCCGUUCGGCAAGCUGGCCAAACAAGUGUUCUUCGGCGACAGCGAUGCCUUCAGAGACGAGCGGCUUAAGCUCAUCCCCAAGGCAAGCAUUGUUCAAGGCAACUGGGUGGUGAAGCGAGCGGCGGGCUCAACACCGGCCAUCCUGGGCACCAAGCUGAAGCAGCACCAUUUCAAGGGCGACAACUACCUUGAGACAGACCUGGAGAUAGCGUCGUCGAGCUUGGCCGCGAACAUCACUCGCUUGUGCACGGGGUACGCUAAGUCUUUGGUCGUGGACAUGGUGUGGACAAUUCAGGGGAACACCGAGGAGGAGCUUCCAGAGGUUGCUCUGGGCGGAGUACGCAUCAAUGCUCUCGAUUUGCUGGCCGCGAAGCCGUUGGAUCUGUCGGCCGCACCAGCCCCAAGGCCUGCGUCGUCUUUGCCGGACGCACAAACCCCCAGCAGAAGACGAUAGGCCGGCCGGGCCACGUCCUAACAUUGAGUCGUUUCGGAAACCCGAUGCGUGGAGGAAGAAUAUGCCCUGCGUGCUGUGUGCUGCCGCCCUUCGCACUGCUGUUUGUUCUUCCAUGGAAGCUGCCAAUUUUUUUGUCAUGUCUGUGAGGUAUAUCAUCACUCCGGAUAGGUGCCGCCAAGGGGGAGGGGACAGACUCUUGGCGGGUAGUUUCUCGGGAUUGUGCUGCGAUGGUACGAGUUUGUUACAAGUGUGCGGAAGGGGUUUUCUAGUGCUGAAAGUUGUUUGGGACGUCGACUGGAGUGAGUUUAGUCUUUAUUCGCUUCGAAUGGUGUGGCCCGCUAGUUGCGCGUGUAGACAAGCGAGGUAUCAAGCGUGCACUGCUAUUACUCACCGCAGACCGUUGCCUCAGCACGCGCUUUUAAACCAUUUUUUUUUUUACUGUAGCGCGACUCUUUCGGUCGAACUAACGUUUGGUUGCUCCCUCGUAGUGUUACCUCGUUUUUGUCAUAUUUUCAGAUCAGGGUUACUGCCUGUUCGCUCCUUAGGAAAAGUCAUCUUUCGCGGCUUUUUUGUCGAGGCGGCGCAGCCUGUUCAUUUGAUACCAACAGCGGUUGUAGGUCUUUGGUAUGUGCGAUCGUAUGUGUGAAUAUUCCAGGUGAGCUCCUUUGUUGCAUUUGAUUUCUCGCAACCCCGUUGCGCUUGUGUCGUAGGCUGGUGUCUGGUCGCUUGGAAUGAAGGGGAAGUGGUUUGUCAUGUUGGUUGCUUCUUUUCGUAAGAGACGAGGUCUCAGCGAAGCUGGCGGUGUCGGACAAUCCCGAGGCAGCAAAAUGCAAGGUUAAGCAAUUCGCUCGACGUGU